AUGGCCCCAGUCAUCGCUGUACAAUUCGAAACCACACGCCAGCGUCUCAUAAGUUUUUCGAAGGACAAUGUACUUCGAAUAUGGGAUACGCAGCUGCAAGUGAGCAUUCAGAAGAUCAACGGAGUCUACCCCAAGGGUCUUGAAGUCUCAAACACAAUCUUUUUCCACGAGGCGAAGGGGCGCCUUUUCAUCACAUUUAAUCAAAGACUUAGUUUAAUGGAAAUGAAGCCGGAACAGACGCGAGUCUUCACUCACGAUACGCCUGUUGUCGGAGCACUUUACGACACAGCCUUUAAUCAGGUUUGGGAUAUGAAUGCACAUUGUCAUCAUACGCUCAUCUGUUUCACAAACGCUGUGACUGACAUUAGUCAUAUCGUCAUACUUCGGCGGGCCGUCAUUGUUAUGGGCAAUUCAAAGCACUUUACGGCGUUUAAAAUGACAAACUUCGAUGAGCACUACGUCUUUCCAUCGGAGUGGAAGGGCGCACCGGAACACCAAGACGACGUCAUGGCUGGCUGUGCAUUACCUCCUCACAACCUGAUAACAGCCUCUUACGACGGAGAACUGAUCAUUUGGAAUACAAAUUCUGAUCUUGUCUCCAGACGCAUGAACCAACGCUCGAAGUCAAUGGCUGAUGUUUAUUCUGACGUUUUGCUUAACGUCUCCCGUGUAAAACUCCUUCCCGUGCGUAAACACAUCCGCUCCGGCACUACCACAGGGGCUAACCUCGUUACUUGUGGUGGCAAUGGUUUCGUUCGUUUCUGGAACGCCUACGCCUGCAUCUUAAUUGGUGAAUUCGUGGCGCAUCCAAAAGGUUCUUCUUUCCUGGAUUUCUUUUAA